AGUUCAACGGCGAAAAAAAUGUAUAAAAAAAUGAAGUGCAUCGUGGUUCAAAUUCAUUGUAUUUGUCGAUGGAUUUAUUAAAUAUUUGUUUGUUGCAAAAAAAAAUCUAUAUAAACCAUUACAUAGACGUCCAUCCGAAUUCGGACAUGCGCUAAACAAGACAACGAUUCUUAAAAAAAAAAAAAAGAGAAUCUCUCUCCACUUUUCUCUCUCUCUAUCUCUCUCCCCGUGGAUCGAUGGCAGCUUCGGUUGAUCCUUUGGUGGUGGGAAGAGUGAUCGGAGAUGUAUUGGACAUGUUCAUCCCCACCGCCAAUAUGUCUGUCUACUUUGGCCCCAAACACAUCACUAACGGCUGCGAGAUCAAACCUUCCACCGCAGUCAACCCUCCUAAAGUCAACAUCUCCGGCCACUCCGAUGAGCUUUACACUCUCGUGAUGACUGACCCGGACGCACCUAGCCCGAGCGAGCCGAACAUGAGAGAAUGGAUCCAUUGGAUCGUCGUGGAUAUACCCGGAGGUACCAACCCCUCGAGAGGAAAGGAGAUACUCGCAUAUAUGGAACCGAGGCCACCGGUGGGGAUUCACCGUUACAUAUUGGUACUUUUCCGGCAGAACUCACCGGUGGGUCUGAUGGUGCAGCAGCCGCCUUCGCGAGCCAAUUUCAGCACUCGGAUGUUCGCUGGUCAUCUCGAUCUUGGUUUACCUGUGGCCACAGUUUACUUCAACGCCCAAAAAGAGCCAGCUUCACGCAGACGUUGAUUCCAAGAUACAACAAGAAAUAACAGUGAGCCUUGUCCGGGUUUACCUAUAAACCGAACUGGAAAAAAUGUGGGUUUUAUAUGUCAUUCCAUAUUUUGUAUUAGUCCGGUUAUCGCUAUAUCUAUAUAUAUAAUUAUAUAUAUGUAUAGUUUCAUAUAUACAAUCAUACAAAUAUGUCUGUGUGUUUGAGUAUAAUAUAUGGUUUUCGUUUCUACGAGUAAUUAUAAUUUAGCUUUUAAAAUAA